GACAGAGGAGACAGAGUUGGCGUAUACAUCGGCUAUAAAAUACAAUAUACACAAUAUUCUAGCUCGUAUCCUCGGCAACCACGAAUUUUUCAUCGUUCAAUUCGCGUCAAACGAUGGUGCAUUAAAUCUGAGAAGACAAAAAAAUGAUUGCGAUGAAUUGAAAAGUCGUUCCUUUUUCGUCUACUUCAUAUUCAAGUCUCAGAAGUGACAUACGAGAGACAAGAAAUACUUCAACUCGGACUCUUGCUCGAAGGACCUGCUCGGCAAUACAGAAAUGUCCCAGGACGACGAUGUCGGGUUUUUAUAUAAAACUAUGAUCGAAAGAGAUCCAAAGAAACGGAGAGUCAAACCUGUGGAAUCAGCGCAUCAAUCACUCUUGGAUUUUGAUCUUGGUGAAAGCUCGGAUGACAGUGAUUUCAGAAUAGAAGAUCACUGCGAAGAGUCUGAUGAUGAUUCUGUGGAUUCUAACGAUGGUGGAAAAGAGGAGGAUGAUUCGGGUGAGUCGGACAAUUCGCUGGAGGAUCCGUUGAUAGUUAGCAAAAGCAAUGCUGGAAUGACGGUUGGUGAUGUCAUUGAGCAAGCUAGACAACAGGCAGCGAAAGGUGUCCAUCUCGAUGAAAAAUUGGCAAAAAUGCUCAUAUGUUGCGGAUGUUUGGGAGAUCGAAGCGAUGACAUAAAUGAAAUUGUCGAAUGCGAUGGUUGUGGUGUCACAGUACACGAAGGUUGUUACGGCGUGUCCGACGUUGAAAGUUUCUCCAGUACAGAUUCUCUCUGUCAAUCUGCACCUUGGUUCUGUGAAGCUUGCAGUGCUGGUAUUGAAGAUCCAUCGUGCGAAUUGUGCCCCAACAAAGGUGGAAUCUUCAAAGAAACUGACGUUGGAAAAUGGGUUCAUUUGGUUUGCGCCUUGUACGUGCCUGGAGUUGCAUUCGGCGAGGUCGAUCGCUUAGCGAGCGUCACAUUGUUCGAAAUGGCUUAUAGCAAAUGGGGAUCGAAGCAAUGUUCUCUGUGCGAAGAUUCACGAUACGCACGUACAGGUGUGUGCAUUGAAUGCGAUGCCGGAAUGUGUCACACUUAUUUUCACGUUACUUGUGCACAGCGGGAGGGAUUGUUAUCCGAGGCGCACAGCGAAGAAGUUGAUCAAGCUGAUCCCUUUUAUGCUCACUGUAAACUUCAUUCGGACAAAACACUCGUGCGAAGACGGCGUCGGAACUGGUUGGCUCUUCAGAUACGAGCACAGUAUCGACAACAAUUAUUGAAACAACCGGAUCACUUUGAUACCGAAGAACAGCGUAGAAUUCAAAGAAAACUCGCUAAGCAUCGUCACAAGUAUCUGGCUCACAAAGCCUCGCGGCCACCACCAUGGGUACCAACUCAAAAAAUGCCUCGGCUGUUAACGACUUCAGCUUCAGCGUGUCGUCAAUUAGCGAAAAAAGCUGAAUUAAUGGGGAUCGAUACGGCAGCUUUGGAAGCACAAGAGGCACAACUAGUCGCAUUGGUCGACGUGAGAAAGAAAUGGCACAUACCACCGGCAUUCAGUGUUGAAUUUAUCGGCUAUUAUCUCGACCGAAAUCUUCGAGUAACUUCGAUGAAACGACGUCUGCAAGAGCUUCUCGACAUAAAUUCCCAAUUGUUGAACGAACAGCAGAGAUUGGAUCGACGAUAUGAUGAAGUUAUGAAGGAUAACGAGGAGCAGAUUAGAGUCAAUGUAACGUUAAAAGAAAAAAUCGACAUGUACCAUCAAGUUCUAAGAGCAUCUGGAUACGUAAAACCAUUACCAAUGGUGGGAGAUCUCGCCAAGCCAAGAAUUGCUCCAACUCUGGGUACAGGUCUCGGUGUUCCAACUGCAGCGGCAUUAAAAAUGGGCGUAGGUUUUCCUUUGCCAGUUGGAAAAGGUGGGGAAGGUGCGCGAGAAGGUCGUGUAUUGAGUAGUCAAGCCCAGGAUCAAAAUCACAAGGUUGAAUUGACAUUACGCCAUCAGUGCGGAAUCUGUAGAAGAGCGACGAAUCAACAUUUGUUAGCAAAAUGCGACACGUGCCAUUUGCAUUAUCACCUCUCGUGCUUGAGCCCCCCCUUGUCGCGUAUGCCAAAAAAAACAAAGCUUAUGGGAUGGCAAUGCUCGGAGUGUGAUAAAGAGUCUUCGGGUUCAGAGGUCGAACACGUCGAUACUUCGGCACCUCGCAAGCUUCGCCAUUGCAAGGACGAGAUCAAUUCAACGCCAACACCGUUACAAGAUAUCCAACAAAAUCCAGCCACACCUAGUACACCAGCAACACCCAAAAACUCAUCUAUUUGCAGCUCCGCCAACGUGACAACAUCGGAAACCCCCACAACUCCUAAAUUGACUUUCAAACCAAUGGGACCUCAGCCAUCAGUUCCAGAACCCAUGCAAGUCGACGGCUUUUCAUAUAAUCAACAAAAAAUUCAAAAUAACGUCUCGAUUACUCCAAGAGAAGGGUCGCCUGAGUACAUGGUAGCUUCGGCAGAUGGAAUUGAAUCAGUCUCGCAGAGAAGCGCAAAGAAACGCCGAAGAGAAAAACACAAGAGAUAUACACCUGAUCCCAUCACUGGGGUGAAGCAACGGAAACGCAAGCACAAAAGAAAAAGCAUGGAUAUCGAAAAUCCUGAAAAUACGGGACAACCGGAAAUUCACAGGAGAAUUACUAUUAAGAUAAAACCGAUUCCGCGUCCCGAAGGCGAUAUAGCUUCGGAAUCAAGUCCACAAAUGUUUGUCGCAACCUCGACAAGUACAGAAAUAACGUCACCGCCUCCGCCACCUGUAUUUCCGGCGCCUUUACCACCUCCACCACCGACACCGGUGACUCCACUGCAUACACCAGGCAGUAGUUAUAACAGCAGACUACUGUCGGGCGGUGUAAAAAAGAACAAGGAGUCGGAUUUAUUGACACAAUGUAACGUUUGCGAGACGCCUGGAACACCACAAAAUCUCGUGAUGUGCGACGAAUGCAAAAAAUGCUAUCAUUUCACGUGUCUGGAUCCUCCGGUGAAAAAAUCCCCGAAAAGACGAGGUUACUCCUGGCAUUGUGCAGACUGUGAUCCUAGUGCCUCUGAAUCCGAGAAUUAAUGUUCGUCGAUUUUGGAAAUACGAAAAGGGAUACUGCGUUUUGUAGAAUAAUUGACGAAACAACAAAAUUUUUGGAACAUCUUGUAUUUCGAGAGAAUACAAACACGUAUUAGUUUUUUUCCUCUUUUUCCGAACCACGAGUAACGAGUAAUGCAGAACAUUAUCUGCAGUUCCAGCUAGAGUCGAAAUAAAAAAAUCCCAAAGUUCGAGUCGUGCUUGAAUAGAAUAAUGAAUUGUAAUUUGAAUUUUGUAACGCUUUAUAAAUAUCGCUCGUUUGUAUAGAAUAACUUGCGAAUGAAGUAAUGGACAUCGGUUCUCAAGUUGAGAUUUUGUUCUUUUUGGUUGUUUUUUUACUAAACAAAAUAUAUUAAUCACGCAGGUACUAUUCGAAUUUUCUCGGCAUUGUAUAUCGAAUAUUGUAUAUUCUGUUUAGAAUUUAUAAAUGCACUUACAGUGCAUUGUUUAUGAGAGGAAAUGAAAAAAUACUGUAUUUUGGUUGUACGCCUUUACAACUGACGAAAAAUUAUUAUAAAUCGAGAUUUUCUUCUCUUAUUUGUCAUAACUUUAGCCUUAGAGAAUUUGAAUAAAAAAAAAAAUGAAUC